AGCGCGCAGAGCGUCGCGGCCCACAUGUGGAGCGGCACUCGUCGGAGAGAGAGGGAAGAACACGCACGCGCGUGUAGAGAGUGAGCCGCCCGGGCAGUGCCGGCAUGGACUCGCGUUGAACAGUGCGGUGACACGGUGUGGGGUAGUGCAGUGCCAUGACGCAGUGGUAGAGUGAGUGCUGGCGUGGAUUCGGUGCUCAGGAUUACUUGGGAUUACCGCCGCAGUUUCUUGAUCAAGCCGGCGCAACUCGCAGGCCGCCAUGCUGGAGGUGUCGGCCGCCGUGCUGGGGGUGCUGGCCCUGCUGGGCACCUUCCUGCUGCUGCUCAUGCUGGCCGGGUCGGUGCUGCUGGCGGCGCAGGGGAUGCGCGCGCACGUCCUGCCCUACUUCAACAGCCGCCCCGUCGACCUCGUGCAGCGCUUCGGCGCCUGGGCAGUGGUGACGGGCUCCACGGACGGCAUCGGGCGUGCCUACGCCCUGGAGCUGGCCAGGAGGGGCGUCAACGUGUGCCUCAUCAGCCGCAGCCUGGACAAGCUGCGGAACACGGCGGCUGAAAUCGAGUCCCGGUUCGGCGUCAAGACCAUGGUGAUCGCGGCCGACUUCAGCAAGGGGCAGUCCGUGUUCGAGGACAUCGAGGCCAAGCUCAAGGAGAUCCCCGUCGGCAUCCUCGUGAACAACGUGGGGCGCCAGUACACGUACCCGAUGUACCUGGGCGAGGUGCCGGAGCAGGAGCUGUGGGACAUCGUCAACAUCAACAUCGGCGCCACCACCAUGAUGACGAGGAUGGUGCUGGAGCAGAUGAAGGAGAGGCGGAAGGGCGUCAUCGUCAACGUGUCCUCCGCGUCGGAGCUCCAGCCGCUGCCGCUCAUGACCGUCUACGCGGCCUCCAAGGUGUUCGUGAAGAGCUUCUCGGAGGCGCUGCGCGUCGAGUACGCGCAGUACGGCAUCACAGUGCAGCACCUGCUGCCGCUGUUCGUCAACACCAAGAUGAACGCCUUCAGCCACCGCCUGCAGGAGACGAGCCUCUUCGUGCCCGACGCCGAGCGGUACGCGCGCAACGCCGUCAACACCCUGGGCCAGGUGGAGUCCACCACCGGCUACUGGGCGCACGGCAUCCAGUACUUCUUCACCGUGAUCCCGCCCGUGUGGGUGCGGACGUACGUCGGCAACCUGAUGAACCAGACGUUCCGGAAGGACUACCUGAACGCCAGCCGCGCCGCCAGCGCCGUGUCCAACAACAACCUCAAGAUCAAGGAGAUCCCACCCACCCCCGUGGCGCCCCCUGCCCUGCCGGUGGCGUAGCCGCGUAGCGUGUCCUUGACCUCGUCCUUGACGUGACCUUGACGUGACCUUGCUCGUCCUUGGCCUCGCCGCCGGAAAUAGACGACGCCGUCGGAGUGCACCAAGUGCACCGCCUCCACCUGUGCACACCGUCGGGCCGUCGGGGGCAACGCGGUGCUGUCUGUCUCUCUCGCACCCAUCCGGGACGCCGCCAGGACCCAGGGCGGCCCGUGAGUGCGAGGAAGAGGGACCAGUCGGCCACGGUGACUCGAACCUGAGUCAGCCAGCCCUGCCUUCGGGCUCGGGCCGCUCUGCUGGGAAAGGGACUGAAACAAGGACCCGACAGGCCGACAGGACGUCCGCGUUUCGUCCUCGUCUCGAGUGGCGAGAGUUAUCUGAUCGGAUACACCUCAGGUCAAGUGUCGAACGCGCCUGCGUUUUCGACGUCUUCGCGGCUCGGUGAGAAACCAAUUGCAUUUGGACCUCGGGUACGAUAGAGUUAGGUUUUUGUACUUUUUCGUAUCCAUUAGAUAUUUUUUUACCUGAUUUUUUGUUGAUUUUGUAUUAUAAUUUAUGUGUGCAUGUGUGUGUCAUAAUACAAUUACAACGGUAAACUAGCGACUUGGCUACGUUGCUCUCAUUGUUGUCUUCUUACCUAUUAGGAUCAUUUGUUGCCCAGAAGAGAAGCAAUAAAAACCAGUUACCUCGA